AUGGAGAAGAAGAAGAAGAAGAAGAAGAAGAAGAAGAAGAAGGGAAAAGAGGUGCACUGCGGAAACUAUGUUGAUUAUGGGGACAUUACACAAAUUCAACAGCAAGAGUUACGAGUGGAAGGAACCGUUAACCUGCUGGACAAUGUGUCGCCUGUCAAGCUUACGGAGCGGGAAGAUAAAGUCAAAAUGGAAAACGGUACCCCACGUCAAAAAUGUUCACUAGCGCGACUGGAACUCCCAUCAUCCACCCUCACCUUUUCUAUUGCUGAUAGCUUUGUAUACAGUGGGGAAACUGCUUAA